UCUAAAUUGAAAAAAAAAAAAACUCACUUUUUUUUCUCUCUUCGCCGCCACCACCAACAACCGCAAAUGGCGCUCGUCCACCGCCGCCGCAACCCCAAACUCCGUCUCCCUGAAAUAGCCGAUCACCGUCCCCGCUUCCCUGUCCCCCUCCCUCCCAACAUCUACAAACACCCCACCUCCUCCACCUCCGCCGUAUCCGGCGGCGACCCACUUGCUCCCGGCGACCUCGAAAAACUCGCCGUCCUAGGCCAUGGAAACGGCGGAACCGUCUACAAAGUCCGCCACAAACUCACCUCCGCCAUCUACGCUCUAAAAGUCAACCACAACGACUCCGAUCCCACCACACGCCGCCGUACACUCGCUGAAAUCAACAUCCUCCGACGCGCCUCCGAUUGCCCCUAUAUUGUCAAAUUCCACGGUUCAUUCGAAAAACCCACCGGCGACAUCGCGAUUCUGAUGGAGUUCAUGGACUCCGGCACUCUCGAAACCAAACUCAAAACAAACGGCACGUUCUCCGAACCAUCACUCGCUUCCGUGGCGCGUGACGUUCUAAAUGGUCUCGCGUACCUCCACGCGCGUAACAUAGCGCAUCGUGACAUUAAACCUUCGAACAUCCUCGUAAACAACAAAAACGAGGUUAAAAUCGCGGAUUUCGGUGUUAGUAAAUUCAUGGGUCGCACGCUUGAAGCGUGUAACUCUUAUGUUGGCACGUGUGCUUAUAUGAGUCCUGAACGGUUUGACCCGGAAGUUUAUGGCGUUAAUUAUAACGGUUUUGCGGCUGAUAUUUGGAGUUUGGGAUUAACCCUUUUUGAACUUUAUGUGGGUCAUUUUCCAUUUCUUCAAUCGGGUCAAAGACCCGAUUGGGUUACACUUAUGUGUGCGAUAUGUUUCGGCGACCCGCCGAGUCUCCCUAAGUCGGCUUCAUCGGAGUUUCGGAAUUUUGUUGAUUGUUGUCUUAGGAAGGAAUCCGGUGAGAGGUGGACGGCGGCUCAAUUAUUGACCCACCCGUUUUUGUGUAAUGAUGUAGAAACUUGUUAAUGGGUUAACCCAAGUAUUAACCGGGUCGGGUAUUUUGUAAUGGACAUAGGUAAUUAUUUAGUUGGAUUUUUUUCUUUUAUUAGUUGUAUAUUCCUUUAGGAUUCUAUUUUUUUAUUUUGGAUUUAGAAAAAUGAUUCUCCCUUUUUGGACAUUAUUCUCUCCUGCUUUUAAGGAAAAUUCCGGAUUCAGUUUAAAACCAAAAAAGCAAGAAAUGUUGCUGAAUAAAGUGAAUUAUUUAUUUA